AUGAGUGGUGGCUGCUCUGAUUUACGAAAACGUUGGAACAAUCUUGUUGGAAAAUCGGAAGAAGAAGCAGUUCAAGCAAUCAAACAAGAUGGUGAACAAAAUAUUGAAGUAGUCGAUGAUGGUACACCAGAAUCAUCUGCAACAAUCCAAAGUGGUGUCGUUCGUGUCAUUUUAGAUGAACAUAAAAGGGUUAAAUAUCCACCACUUCGACAAAACUGA